CCCAGCACUCCGGAACCUGUGCGCUAGGCCCUGUCCCGCCCGGAAGGCUAUGGCCGUGGCUAGUGUGGCCGCAGCGCUCCUGGCCGCACUGGGCGGGGCGCUGUGGUUGGCGGCCCGGCGUUUCUCUGGGUCAAGAAGCCAGCGGCAGCAGGGAGGCGGGGACCGGGGCCUCAUGCACGGGAAGACGGUGCUGAUCACCGGAGCCAACAGCGGCCUGGGCCGUGCCACCGCGGCGGAGCUGCUCCGCCUGGGGGCGCGGGUCAUCAUGGGGUGUCGGGACCGCGCUCGAGCAGAGGAGGCGGCCGGUCAGCUCAGGCAGGAGCUCUGUGAGGCUGGGGGCGCCGGGCCCGACGCCCCCGAUGGCCAGCUGGUCGUUAAGGAGCUGGACCUUGCCUCGCUGCGCUCAGUGCGAGCCUUCUGCCAAGAACUGCUACAGGAGGAGCCCAGGCUAGACGUCCUGAUCAAUAAUGCGGGGGUUUUCCAGUGCCCAUAUACGAAGACUGAAGAUGGGUUUGAGAUGCAGUUUGGAGUGAACCAUCUGGGCCACUUCCUACUCACCAAUCUUCUCCUUGGACUCCUCAAAAGUUCAGCUCCCAGCAGGAUUGUAGUCGUUUCUUCCAAACUUUAUAAAUAUGGAGAAAUCAACUUUGAAGACUUGAACAGUGAACAAAGCUAUAAUAAAAGCUUCUGUUAUAGUCGAAGCAAACUGGCUAACAUUCUUUUCACAAGAGAAUUAGCCCGUCNCUUAGAAGGAACAAAUGUGACUGUCAAUGUGCUGCAUCCUGGUAUUGUGCGAACAAACCUAGGGAGGCAUAUACACAUCCCACUGCUGGCAAGACCACUUUUCAAUUUGGUAUCCUGGGCUUUUUUCAAAACUCCAUUAGAAGGUGCCCAGACUUCCGUCUACUUAGCCUCUUCACCNGACGUAGAAGGUGUGUCAGGAAGGUACUUUGGAGAUUGUAAGGAGGAAGAGCUCUUGCCCAAAGCUAUGGAUGAGUCAGUGGCAAGAAAACUGUGGGAUAUCAGUGAAGUGAUGGUUGGCAUUCUAAAAUAGGAGUAAAGAGAGCAGGACUGUGUNUAAGAUGAUCUAUGACACCCUUGGUCAGGAAUGGCAUGUUGNGAGCAUGUGCUACUUGAAACCAGUCUAGCCGCAAUCAUGCUGAGAGGUGCACAUGGAUGUUUGAAGGACACUGCUACUAUUUGGGGCUAAUACAAAGUUCAGCAAAGAUGCUAUAAAUGUGGAUCAUAACUAGAAUAUAANAAUUCUGUUAUUAUAAUUGGGCAAUUAUAACUGUUAAAGAUACUGGUAAUUUAAAAGAUAUCUUAAGAGGGUUUUCAAAAAAUUUUGAGUUUCAUGGCAAAAAUAUUCAGAAUUUUUACCACAAUGCUUGUUUUGUGGAAAUACUNUGUCUAAUGUGUGCACAUAAAUCACUUGGAAUAAAUGUCUGAUGUAGGUUU